AUGGGGAUGAGAAUAAAAGGCGAAAUGAAUUUGUUGAAUCCUCAACUUUAUGAGAGAUUUCAGAAUAAACAUCAUGCGAUGAAUUCAUUAAAACUCGAUUCAUCAUUUCCUCAAUUUCAAUUCACUCGACCUCGAGCCGCAUUGCACACAUUUGUGAAUCAUUUUGCCUCAACGGAAAAUACGAAUUCAAAAAUUCAGUUCAAAGAAAAAGUUUAUAGCAAUGGAAAUCAUUUGAAAACAUUCAUUAAUAACUCACGAUGA